AUGAAUAUUGCAACUCCCAAACAUCAUCAAUAUCAUCAACAUCAAGAAUUAUCUAUAUCUUUGCCACCUCCAUCUACAAAUUUAACACCUUCUAGUUUUAGAAAACACGUACAUAAACGAUCUCAAGCUAUACUGGGAGAUUUUGAUGCUAUUGGUCUAGGGUUAUUUAAUUCACCACCACCAGCACCAGCACCAGCACCACAACAACAACAACAACAUCAUCAACAAUAUAUACAAAGUCCAAUAAGACAAGAAGAAAAUACUUCAGAUCAAAUUUUCCAUUUUAAUAAUGAAAAAGAUUUUUGUAAGUCUCCAAAGAAUUAUUCAUUUCCAAUAAAUCAACAACCAGCAAAUCCACCUUGUAUUUCAUUUUCACCAUUACCACCGCCAUCAUCACCAUUUAAAUCUAAUAAUAAUAAUAAUAAUAAUAAUAAUAAUAAUAAUAAUAAUAAUAAUAAAAUUUUAUUAAAUUCACCUAUAAAAAUCAAUCAUAAAAGAUCACUAUCGACAAAUACGGCAAAACCAAGAUUUUUCCUUACCGAAGAUACUCAGUUUAAUAAUUCAGAAAAUGUGCCUGAUGCAUUAAUAGAUUUAGAUGAAAUACUUAAUUCAAAUUUACAUAUAGACUCAGAAUCCAAAACAUCAUCAUUUCAUAAACGAACAGAAUCUGCUCCUGCUAAUUUUUUCAACGAUGUUUCAUUUUUAGGUAGUCCAUUCAUUAAAGAUGAUGCAAUAGUAGAAGAAGAAGAUGAAAAAAAAUCUGAAAGUUCAGGUGCAAGCUUUUCCGAUGAACAAUUACCACCACCAACUAUUUAUUCAACAAGUGCAAAUAGUUCAACAUCAUCAUUUAAAAAAGUUUGUUCAAAUCUGUCGAUUAAUUCUCCUAAUCAUAUUGUAAAACAUAAAAGAUAUCAAUUAAUAUAUGAUAAAUCAAAUAGAGUAACUAAUGCAAUGAAGAAUAAUCAAAAUAAUUCCACAGAAAAUAUUUCAUUGAAGAAUUUAAAUCAUUCUUCAUCAUUGCCAAUAUUGAAACAUAAACAGUCAUUAAGAUAUAAUAUUAUUAAAGCAUCCCCGUCUUUGAAAUCACCAGAUAGAUUUAGUCUAGAGAAUAAUAAUGCUACACCAACGACAAUAAUAGAAUCAGAUACCAAAACAAUGGAAUCGUCUCCAAAGAUAAUAAUAACUGAAUCUCCAAAAGUGGUGAAAAUAUUAGAAGAGACAAAACUUGCAAAACCUUCAUUCAUGAAUAAAUCAGAAUAUUUGAAAAAUAAAAAAGAAAAGGAGAAGAAACUGGAAAAAUUAUCCAGUUCAUCAGAAUCAUUAAUUGAGAAACCAAAUUCAAGAAGGUCAUCAUUUAAUUUCCAUAGAAGGUUGAAAUCUACACAUCCAAAUAAUAUUGAAAAUGAUAAUGCUUCAAUAAAUUCAAAGAAAAGUAUAAAACUUUUUGACUGGCUCAAAAAGAAACAAUAA